CUAAUCCAACAUGGCAGCCAGGGUGAGUGUUGGCGAUGAAGUAAUUCCUACAUCGACACCAAAUCACGUGCCUAAAGCUACCCCUUCCUCCAAACCACCCUUGAGAAUGGAUAGCAAUUUGCAGAAGAUGUUCAUUGAACCGUCGUUGAGAGAUAUGUCGGAGAGUCUUAGUGAGGUCAUGAAAAUGAUGGAGAAACACGGCAGUGGUCAGAAAUUGGAUGAAAUUGUUUGCAAGUUGGAAAGCAUCAUUGAACAAGAUGAUGUGGAUGGCCAAGCUGUGUUAUCGCCGCCAUGUUUAGACAAAGAAGCCCAAGUUGCUAUGCUUGGCCAGAGCAUUGCGGCCUACUGCAAUACACUCGACGCUGCCCACCUCAGGAAACUGACCACUCGCAUCAUCUCAGACACAACGCUUUGGCUGUCAAGGAUAUUCCGGUUUGAUGAUUCCUCAGCCUAUUUCCAUUCCGAUAGCCGUGAUGGUUUGCUGCGAGUCUGCCGGCUGGCCCUCAGCAGUAAAUACGAUAAGUACGGCACUGAUGGGUUUAAUGCACUCUACACUAAACCUCCAAUUAUCUACAUCAGUGCAUCAGCCAGGCCUGGGCUGGGGCAGUAUAUAUGUACACAGCUUGGUCUUCCGCUGUCUAGUUUAUGUACCGUCCCCUGCAAUACUGUCUUCGGAUCACAGCAUACAAUGGACAUAGCGACGUUGGAGAGACUGAUCAAGGAUGAUGAAGGGUCAUCUAAGAUUCCGUUGAUGGUAGUUGCCAAUGCCGGUACCCCGCUAGCCGGUCACACAGAUAACCUCAACCGACUCAAGACUAUCUGUGAUGAGUAUGGAGUCUGGCUUCACGUCGAAGGUCACAACUUAGCAACCCUGGCAUUGGGAACGGUUCCUACUUCAGUUUUGGCGGCGAAGAGAGUGAACAGUUUGACCUUACAGCCUGGAGUAUGGCUGGGCCUCCCUGGUGUUACCUCAGUCACUUUGUACAAGAGUGCAGAUCCUGCUAUGACUUUAGCAGCCGGUGUGGGAUCUUCACAGAUCCAUGAUCGUCUAAGUGCCUUGCCUCUCUGGCUCAGCUUACAGUGUCUUGGGUACAAAGGCAUUGUAGCUAAACUCAAGCAUGCAGCAGAAUUGAGUCAACAUAUGCAGCAAAGACUCAACUCGCUGGGAUCAAUCAAUAUAUCGGAAAAGCCACUCAAAGACAGCAACCAGGUUAUAUCUGAGGGUUCUCUAAAAGAGAUCUUCACCAAAACAAUACAGGUUCUGGGUCAGGCUGAUGUCAUUUCACCAGUCAUUGUAUUCAAAUAUGGCGACAGAAGAGAGGGUCCCAGUCCAGACGCUUCACCAUACACAGACAGCGCGGAGGACCAACCAAUAAGCAGUCUACCGAGCCCACUAUUAGAUGCUUUCAAUACAUGGCUUGGUGAAGAGCUACGUCGGGAAAACCCAAACGUCAAAGUGGAUAUUGUAAAUAUUGAUAAAGAUGGCGUCUGUCUUCGGUUUAGCCCUCUUGAGUCAGCAUCAUAUCGAGGAACGAUGUCUGAUGAUAUUGACAAUUUCGUUGAAAGUCUGAAAAGUCUAAUAGAACUCUUAAAUUUCACAAGUGAACACAGAUUUGAGUUCCAGGAGGCUGUCGAGUCCAGAGAGAAUCUUUUAUUUGUUGACCUGCUCUCCCACGGAGGCCUCGGUGUCGUCCAAUUCAUUCCAGAGUAUUUGAACUCGGGUCAGAACAAGGAAACAGCCAAUAAAGCCAAUAAAGAGCUGGAUAAAAUCAACUCGGAGAUCGUCCAGCGUCUGCAGGCCGGCGAGGGCGGUCACAUCAUCUCAGAGGUCCUAUCAACGUCUGGUACGAUAGCCGUCGGGGUCGGAGUCGUAUCGGAAGGGAUCACCAUUGAUGAUGUUGUUGACCUUGUGUGGUCAACAGGGAAGGAUCUUGAAGAUUCAUCAAAGUUCCUUGAGUCCAUGGCUGAUGUUGUCUUGAAGGGGAUUCUGGAUGCACAGAAGGCGUUGGAACAGGAGAAUGAGAACAAACUCUUGGAGGAGGGUGUGCUACGUCAGAUGCCUGGUGUGUCCUCCCUUUUAAAUUGGUUUUCCCCGCCCCCUAAGGAGGCAACCAUUCGAGGCAGAUCUCUCAAUCUUACUUCAGGUUCACUGGAGAGCACAGAGAACACCUACAAACUCCACAUGCAGGUCCAGGAAGAGAAAACCUCCACCCCUCCCAGGCCCUCCGCCCCUCGUAAACCCCGCUCCACACCCACCACACCCCUCACCCCGAACUCCAUACAGAGCCACCAUUUCAGCGACACUGAGGGGUCAGUGCAGGGUGACAGCGAGGAUCAGCAGAGGGUACAGAAGAAGGAUUUGGAGGAGUUGGUGCAACCUCAGGGAUUGGAGAUGACUGGGAGUAGUAGCAGCACUGUCACCACAGCAAGUAGCUUUCAAGAGGUAACCCAGGAAGACAUCGAAGAGUCGGCCGUCGAGAAUGAAGAAGACAGUGACCAAAAAUAAAGAAAAAAUGUCAUCUCAUUGUAAGAUCGUUUCAGGCGGAGUGCGAUUGUUCAGAAAAAAAACCUGGGUCAAAAGUCACAAAGCUGUAUAUCUAGACCCAAUUUCAUGGCUCUGCUUACCGCAAGCAAAGAAUUGGUGCUUACAGAAGCAAGGAGUUCUGUGAUUACCUCAUAAGCGUAUUUCACAGGUGAGCGGGGAAUUUUGGCUUUUGUACGUGCGUAUUUCAAGUUACUAGGCAUUCUACG